AUGGAUAGACGUAUUCUCUGUGAUAGUCUUAUCAAAUGGAUGAAAACAUUUGAUUUAAAUAGUCCGAUAAACGGUGGUGGCGAUUUAAAUGAUGGCAUACUCAUUGCAAAAUGUUUGAAAAACAUUGAUGGAAAUUAUUUUACAGAAUCUUGGCUAGCUAAACUGAAGAGUGACACAUCAGACAAUCAGAGAAUUAAAACAAACAAUUUGAAAAAAGUUUUGAAAAGUAUUACGGACUAUUAUUCAGAAGUUCUAACACAAACAUUAAUGGACUUUCAAAUGCCAGAUUUGAAUAUGAUUGCCGAUAAAACGGAUGAAACUGAACUUAGUCGUUUAUUACAAUUAGUAUUAGGUGUUGCUGUUAGUUGUGACCGUAAACAAUAUUAUAUUGAAAAUAUCAUGUCAAUGGAAGAAUCUGUUCAACAUGUAUUGAUGAAUGCUAUCCAAGAAUUGAUGAUUAAAGAAAAUCGAAAAGUAAAUGAGGAAUAUUCAGAACUUGGUGAUCAGUUGAAACAUGCUUUAGAAGAAUUAAAUCGUGUAGUCGAAGCAAAAGAAGAAAUAGAAAAUCGUUGUAGAGAACUCGAUCUUCAGGUGUCAACAUUACAAGAUGAAAAACUUGGUUUAAUUCAAGAGACAACACGUUUAAAUGAUCGUAUACAACAAUUUGAAAGUUUAGAAGAUUCCGAAUCUGUACCAAGACGUCGGUAUGCUACCCUUCAACAACGUAUUCAAUCUCAACAAGAGGAAAUUUUUAAAUUAGAAACAGGCAUACUUUUUCACUACGUCAAUUAUAAUCGUGCUAAAUUAGAUGUUCUACGAGAAGAUAAUGAAAAUUUACUAAAAAGGAAUGAUGAUUUAAUGGUACUUGCAUCGAAUGCAAGAAAUUUCAAAGAUGAACUAGAUGUUUUAAGAAAUAAAUCUGAAAAAGUGACAAAACUGGAAUCAACUAUUGAUGCAUACAAAAUAAAGUUAGAAGAAAUGUCUGAUUUACGUCAACAAAUGAAAUUUUUAGAAGAGACAAAUUUACGUUUAUUCGAUGAAAAAGCCAAUUUGGAACAAGAAUAUAAAAAGGCAAAACAAUUACAAACACAAGUCGAAUUUCAUAAGAAAACAAAUCAAGAAUUGUAUCAAAAAAUUUCUGAACUUCAACGUAUUACAGAUAAAGCAGAAUUUGAACGAACAAGAACAGAAGAACGUUUAAACGCUAUCGCUGCUGAAAAAGUGAGUUUAAUAAACGAAAUCGAACUACUGCGUGAAACAAAUGAAAAACUUCGUGGAGUAAAUAUUGAUGAAGAUGGUGAUCAGCCAUCUUCACAACAUAAACUUACCGGUUCACUUGAAGAUUUGAAUUUUCUGAAUUUGCCAGCUGAUGUUAGAGAACGAUUUAUUCGUUUACAACAUGAAAAUAAAGUUCUUAAACUUAAACAAACUGAAGAUAAUAAUAGUGAACAAGU